AUGCGUUAUCUUUCUUGGGCACUAGUAUCCCUUGGAUACCUGCACAAUGGUGUCCUGGGACAGGUGUUUGUUGGCAGCAAUAGCACUGCUGCGCCCAUCGAAAUGCCUGCUGCAGGAAAACUUUCCAACAGCUGCAAUGCGACUUUCUCCACUCGAGUAACCUGCGAUCCCAGUCUACUGAACGUUGCUUAUGAUGGUUACUUCCCGACCACCGAUGAUCUUUCUUCACUUUGCACACAAUCCUGUGUGAGGUCUCUCAACAACCUCUACCGUGCCCAAAAGAGCGUCUGCACUGAGGGAGACACCCUUUCGACUUCUGGAUAUAACUAUCCCGCUACAUUCACCGUGGAAACCCUCCUCUGGACCUACAACUUCACCUGCAGACGUGACCCAGAAUCUGGAGAAUUUUGUGCUCCGAUAUUUGAUGCCUGGGGAGAUGGGAAGGCGGACAACCAGACAUGCUCUGAUUGCGUUUUGGGAACAUAUCAAGCACAGAUGAGCUUCCCCCAGGGGUACGAUGAGGGCUUAGCCAAGUCAUUCUCAUCUAUGACCUCAUCUUGCAGUGCUACCAAUUAUCUUAUUACUUCCCCGGCUCCUACAACGAUAUCCCAGAGUGCCAAGCCAACACCAUCACCAUCCUCGACACCUAAAAAGUGCGCCAGCACUUAUACGAUCAAAGAUAGAGAUGACUGCCACUCAAUCAGUCGGUCUCAGAGUGUUUCUCUAGCGAAUAUGCUUUAUCUCAAUAACCUAGAAGCCGGAUGCACGCAUUUUCCUGAGGCGGGUACCAAGCUAUGCAUGCCCAACAAGUGCCAGAUAUAUACCGUGAAGGAAGAUGAUUCCUGUUAUGGAAUCACAGAGGCAUACAAGAAUGCCUUUACUAUGUCUCAGUUAGUCUCAUGGAACGUUGACAUCAACAGCGGCUGUGACAACCUCGAGAUGCUAGUUGGGCACCAAAUCUGCGUCAGCUAUCCCGGAGAUAGUGGUUUAAGCAGCUCAGUCACUCCGGCUGCCUCAACACCAGCUCCCUCGUGGUCUUGCUGGGACUUGAAUGGUCAUGUCCCGAGUAGCUGCAUUUGGCAUGUCGCAUGGCCGCACAAGUUCUCCGGCCACUCCGCUGACUCCAGUUUCUCUGAAUCCCGUCCCCUCCGGCUAUACUCUGCCUCGAGUAACAUCUUCGAGUCUUGCCCUGAAUCCGACUCCAAAGCCCUAUGA